GUAGGUACAAUUUUUAAAGCAAACACGCACUACGUUCGAGAUGAUAAAUUAAUCUACUAAUUCUUAUAAAAACAUAUCGAAACCAAAUUUUGGCUUCCGUUCCAAAAGUGGCACCAUUUUUAAUCCCUUCCAAUUGGUCACAAAUCAUAGAUCGGUUAAAGGCAAACAGUUGCCCUCCUACCUUGGGAAUAUAGGGAAGAAAAAAAACAGAAUCAAACACACACACACAUUCUGGAGCAAAGAAUCGUCCGCAAGACGCAGCAUCACCGUUUUGUAGCCGUGCAUUCUAAAUAAAUAGAUGGGCGGAGCCAAUACGUGAUGAUCCGUGAUCCGUGGCGGCAAUCGGGCCAAAAAGGGAAGUCAUAAACCGCGGGUCGCGUCCGCCUCCGUAAUAAACGUCAGUUGCGCAGAACGUGCGCAAGCGCCCUACGCUGUUCCGUUUGCGCAAAUGACGAUCGUAUAGGAUGAUGUUCCGAGGAAGGAUGGAACAAACGCAGAAGAUCAGAAAGAGAGGCAUCGCCGAUCUACAGUGAAGAUCGAGCAUGCAAACAAAACGGUGGCAAUAAAAACGGUACAAAAUUUUCAUUCCUCUUCUACGCGCACCACUGCACUGCUGCAUGCUUUUACGACUUUCGAUGUAGUGUAAAGCAUAAAUAAUGGGGUAAAGGUGGCGUUUCGUUAGGGAAGCCGUGGAACUGAGGGUUGGCUUUCCCUCUCCCCCGGCGAGGAAGGUAGAUCCUUUCUCAAGCGAAAAACCGCUCGCUGGUGUGUUUAUGAAAGAUGAAAGUAGUUGUUUCUGUUUUGCAUAAAAUAAAUAGAUCGUGUGCCGCUCGUUGUCGGCUGGGGCGGGUGGGAAUUUUGCGCCAUGCUGUGCGGCGUUGUUUGGAAUCGUCGUCAUUCGUCUUCACAAGGGGCGUAAGUCACUGUUAACGAUGCGCGAACCGACCAGACGUUCAAUGGUGUUGAGGAAACUCUCGUUGUGCGGUUACAGAGCGGAAGGAUUUUAGUCGCUUGUGUGAUCUUGAGAAAGACGCUUCGUACAGCGAUCGUGUAAAGUGGUGCCAUUGUGUGUGAAGAUCGUUUUCGGAAGUGUACUGGAGUGUUUGCCCAGUUGUGUGAAUCCUUUUCUGAUAGUGUUAGUGCGUACUGUUUAUUGUAGUGUUUGUACGAAGUGUGUGGAAAUUGCAAAAACAUUGUGCUCACAAAUUUCGAAAAAGCCCCUAUUAAUUUUCGGAUACAAAAUAUAAUAACAAACCGGCGUGAUGCUUCCAUACAGCUCGUAUGCGGCUGCUAUACAGCAGAUACAAAGUUUAAAUCACGAUUUGGCACUGUUCAGUCAGCAUGGUGCACGGUACCUGCAGCAUCCUGAGCAUAGUGCGGUUUCGCUCGGUAAUUCGUACUUUGGACUGAACAAUUGGUCAUUACCGUUUUCGUUUCUAAAAUCCGUUCAUCGUCCGGAAAAGCCACCCUUUUCCUAUAUCGCACUUAUUGCUAUGGCGAUCAGCAGUGCUCCUAAUCAGCGAUUAACGCUCAGUGGUAUCUACAAGUACAUUAUGGACAACUUUCCGUACUAUCGCGAAAAUCGACAGGGCUGGCAAAACUCCAUCCGGCACAAUCUCUCACUGAACGACUGUUUUAUCAAGGUGCCGCGGGAUAAGACUGGUACCGGUGGUAAGAAUCAGCCGAUGGACGAUACAUCGUCUAGCGGUGAUGUUAGUGGAGCAGGAGGUAGUACAGGUGCUGGUGGGAAAGGCAGCUACUGGAUGCUAGACCCAUCGGCAAACGAUAUGUUUGAGCAGGGCAAUUACCGGCGCCGACGUACACGCCGACAGCGCAACGCCAAAUUGAUCCUGAACGGCCACUUUCAGGGUUCUCCAUUUGCUUUGGCCUUUCCACCGAGCGGACCGUCGGCGGGAGAUUUUAUGAGUACGUCAACGGUUCCGCACCUGCCACACGGAACCGUCGCCGGUACUAGACGAACCGAGGGCAGCGCUGAUCUUCAUCAUCUGAUAGUGCGAAAUGAUUUGAUACAACCACCGUCCGAACUGGCGGAUCCGAGUGUACUUUUGCUUGGUUCCGGUUGCUACCAUCACCAUCCGGCCUAUGGCCACGGGGCAUCAUCAUCGUCCGGGCUACUGUCCGGGCUGGUAGGGCAGGAUGCUACAUCUUCCCUCGACGCAACUUCAUUAGCCGAUAAGAAUGCUCCGGACGGUGGCAAACCGAGCGGCAGUUGGACUCCUUCAGGAUGUCCCAUCAAGCGCUACGAUGACGAAAAGACUCCCUCCGGUGACACCGAUGAGGCUAACGAAGAAUUCUCCGAACACCCAUCGAACGGGACACUUUCCGAAGGGGAGUACGAAAAUGAACUUAACGCAUUAAAUCCUGCCGGCAACCGUCAUCCUUCAGUGCAACGCACACGAAGCAGGAAAAGUGAUAAUUGCUUGAACCAACAACCGUUCCCCGAGUCGGUACGCUUUACGGCUCACUCGCUCGAUGCUUUUCUGCUCGGCGAAUUGAGCAGUUUGCGUGUGAGGGGCUGUGAGCUAACGUCACCAUUUGCGUACACCAAUAGCCCCAUCACGACCACCGCUACCAACGCCACCAGCCCCGAUGGGCAAAGUUCCAACUCGGGCGAAAUGUUCCGAACGGUCACUCCGGAUCAAACGGGAUUUACUGCCUUCUGUGAUGGUUUGUGUACACCUGAAAGCGCAACGAAACCGACACUUCCGUUACCGGCAGCAGCGACCGGUGCGAUCUGUACCUUCGCACCGUCGGCAUACACAUCAUCCGCAGCAAGAACCGGUCCCAGCAUGCCGGGUGUUACGAAGGGUCCCAGUGCAAACAAUCUACGCCAACCGUCCGUCCAUCAGCGCGAAAGUCCGAAAGUUGAAUCGCCGGUUGCAGUGACGGAACGGUUCGUACUAGGCACGAAAGUUGGUGGCUUAAAGUCGAGCAAUUUCACCAUCGAUAGUAUUAUGCGAAGGGACUAAAAGGGCGGUUUACAUCUCGCACCAAGGGACUGGAGCACCAGCAGCAGCAGAAAGUAGUGGCCGGCACUACUGUUGACAGUAGCUUAAGUCGACAAACUAACUAGUCAGGAUGGUUUCGUAAAUAAAUUCGUUCGACGCGCUACUGUUGCCGGCCAACCGAGGCUGAACUGAUGAGCGAGCGUGUGUUGUAUGAAGCGAGUGGACGAUAAAAAGAUGACAGCCCUGGGUUGGAUGGUUCGGUGGGAAUGGUGUUUUCCUACCGGUUGCAUCCGGUUUCUCUUUUUCUUUUUUCGGUACUACUUUUAUCCCUUUUUUUUGGUGGUUUUGUCAAAUUUAGCAGAAAAUUGAAACGAACGCUCAUUUACGUCUAGGGACGUGCUUGGUUUACUAUUGCAUGUGUCAAGUAAAUAAAUGGUUAUUUAUUUCCUGUGACAGGUGCGAGGCAGAAUAUGCGGCAUAGAGACACAUUAGUGGUUAAGUGCAUCCGAUACCUAAUUCUCAAAUGGUAAUUUUAUUUAUCAUCUUUCUGGAUGGAGAUCGUGAUCGAUAUUAGUAAAACACCGGGCGCCUCCUUUGUAGUAUUUUAUAAAGGAGGCGCCCGGUGUUUUAUUAGUAUAUGGACGGUUUUCCGUCGGUAUAUAUUUUUUUCUUUUAAAUUGUUUGAAAAAAAGAGCUUUUAAAGGAAUUUGUACUACAAUCU